UCUGUGGGCGCGCCCCCGGACGAUCCAGGUGAAUGGAGAGCUCGAGCAAGCAGGGGAGAGUGUGAGAGCAGGAUAGUCGGACCUUCGCGUAAUACCGGGCAGGGAGACAACAUGGAGAAAAAUAAGCGAAACACCCAUAAGUGGGCACCGGUCAUAAUGACAGCUUCUCUUCUAUGGGUUUCGGGAGCUGGAGGACAUAAAUCGUUUGUUUUGUGCCUGCAGGUGUAUUUUGAUUGUGGAGCUGUAGUGGAUGUUGUUGACGAGCAAGGCCUAGUCCUGUCUCCGGGGUUUCCUUACAACUACUCCUCAGGGACACACUGCGUGUGGCAGUUCUUUGUGCCUGUCGGUUACAGACUGACAAUGGAGGUGUUUGACUUUGAUGUGUUUGAGAGCCCUGGAAGUACAGGUGAAUUUCGGCCAACUUCUGAAGCGAUAGAGGAGGAGAACGCCAAUGACGAGACUACACCAUCCCUCAGAGGAAUGGUGGUGACCCCGAACGGACUGCCCAGACAGACACAGGUGUCUGCCACGAAGACCUCCUGGGGUUCCUCCGAACGACUUCCCCCGCUGCCCUCCAAAACCGAAGAAGUCAGACAGGUUGUCGUGCAAGAGGAGUCCACCAAAAUGGAGAUGGCCAAAGUUUCCAACUCGGCCAAACGGUCGACAGACUUGCAUCCGGGGGUGAAACCGCAGUCGCGGCAGGCUGGAACUCGAGCGGAAAACUCUGUAUCUCCGGACACCUACAGGGGCGAUGCCAACCCUGACGAAAGCCUCUUCCCAAGGCGGCCAGCCUAUGAGGAGAAUGCCACAUCUGUGCCUGAGACGAGCACGGGUGCCGCUGAAACCGGCGCGGAGACCCGCCCCUCCUCAGCAGAAGCCUGCCCCCACGACGUGCUCUACAUCUCUGACCUCACCACCUUUUCCUCCCGCUUCUGUGGCUCCAACAAGCCCACCGGCCGCAGGCUGGCUUUCGGGUCCUCGCGGGAGAUGGUGGAGGUGAUCAUGGAGCUGAUCACCACGACGCACUGGGGCCGCGGCUUCGUCCUGCUGUUCCAGUACCGCAACGAGACGGACGAAGCCGACGGCCACUUCCGGAAGCCGACGGCCAGCAGGACGGACGCGCUUCUCGCUGCCACGAGUGGGGCCGCCUUCUUCCUUGUCAUCCUCACUGGCGCGCUAUGCAUCAUCUUCAGACCAAAAAUAUGUCUGAAAGGAGCCAACGCCUGUUCAUCCAACAGCCCAGAGUUGCAGGUGGGGGUUCAGCACUCCGGUGGGGAUCUGAGUGAGCUCCAGUUAGUCAGUCAGCCCUGUAUGGAUGUCAUCGCUGAUGGAGACAACAGCAACCAGUCUCCCAGUCCCACACACACAGGUUUGUCAAGCAGUGGUGGGGCAGAUACUUCCCACAAUGCCGAGCUGGAGCUAUCCUCGAAUGGACUUAUUGAACUGGAACUGGGGGCCGACGAAGUGUUUGUCAUAGCGUCUGGACCUGCUCCGACUGCUCUUCAUUUCUCUCCUGUCAUGCAGCAGGAGAAGGCCCUGCGCAGAAGCGAGACCAGCCCGGGGCCGGUGUGCGCGGCCCAGCCCGCGGAGGCGGCCAGCUCGCCGGGGAAGGAGAGCAGCUCCGCCGCCGCCGCCGCCGCCAGGCCUCGCGCCUGGAGUGUCCGCGCCUUCCACGACCUCCUGCCCCCCCUGCCCCAGCUGCACAGGAAGUGGUGCAGCUGGAACUCGACCAGCCCCUUCACCAAGCUGCUGGACGGCGGGAGUGCGGGCCGGGCUCCGGCGGCUGCCACCUCAGAGACGGAGUGCCACAGGGGGAGAGAAGGGAAGGUGCUGUCCGAAGCCCAUCUGGAGAACAGGGCGGGGAGGAACCUCUCAGACUCGUCGGUAAGCAGCGCCUCCUGCCCCCUGAGCCAGCCCCUGCAGAAGCAGCGCCGUCUCAGCUCCACCAGCACCCUCCGCAGGGCUCGAUUUGCGUCCCCGUGCUUCGGGCUCCUCGCCGGCCCCUCGGAGAGCUCCAGGGGCCCUGCUGGCCCCUUGAUCCCCUACGCGCAACCCCAGAAUUCCCUCACAGAGAUGGCCAGUGGCUCCUCGGGGCCUCCACUUCAAGCAGACGCCCAGGCUAAGCUCAGGGAUUUCCCUAGCGAAGAGGACCACACCAGCGUGCCCGUGUUCGCCAUCUCUGAAGAGGAAGACCGCCAGCCCCUUGUCCUUACUGAGUCUUCCCCUCUGAAUGAGGAAGACCAGGAUCCUUACAGUAACACGGCACGGGACCACAGGAGCCCCCCCACACCGUGCAAUCAGGAUCCAGUCAGUGGUUCUUCUUGCCAGAGAAAGGUGCCCGACUGGUACCCCUGGGGGAACCACUCGCCUGUGGCCAGCUGUGGGUCUCUCACUCCCUCCGAGAUGCAGGCAAUGGAAGCAGGUGAAGCAGACGUGCACUGUACAUUCAGUACAGCCAUUCAAAUGCCACCCUGUUCCUUCAGCCAGCCAGCCAGCGCCACCCUAAGAGGGAUGCCAAGUGAGCAGAUAUGACAGUCGGAGGGUUCCGCUUUUGAGGAUGGGAGUUAAAACAGGGAGCGGACUAUUGGACUUGAUCUCCUCUUAACUCAAGGAUCGUGCCUUUUUUUAACCUCAAGGAUGGGCCAUGCAACCAGAUCUGAAAUGAUUCCACUCAACAGUGUCUUACUGAAAGUGUGUGAGUGAUUCAGGAACAAUACAUCCCUGUCAUAGCCUUGACAAACCUGCUAGCACAAAUACAAUAAUGACAGUUUGCCAUAGAGCAGAAAGUAUACUAGGAUUCAAAUACUAGCAUUUUUUUUUUUGUUGAAAUGCAACAACAAUGAACUAUGCUGGCAUAAAACCCUGAGGUGAGUGAAAAAUGUCUAGAUGCAACAUUUUCAGACAGCACACUUUACAUAGGUGCCACAUAAGGGCACAUGAAGUGUCAAGCUUGACCUAUUAAGUGCAGGAGUGCUUAUGCAAAGGGACAUGCAGCGUUUGCUCAGGGUAAGUGAGGCUGUACGGAAUCAGGGCUUUGUACUCCUUGAGUUGUUGAAGUCUGUAACAUUGUAAAAAGUUAAACAUGACACUUUUUCAAACUUUUGUUUUAUCCCAAUGGUUGGGUAUGAUCACUAAAUAACUAAAGAAUAGAGGCUGGGAAUCAAUGAUCUUGGAAAAGUAAGUUCCCAGGCAUUUGUGGCUUCUUUAUAGACAGCACACUGCAAUGCACAAAGUGAGGAGAAAGUGAGAAUUGGUUGACAUUUAGCUGUAAACACCAUCAAAAAGCAGUCAUGCAUGCAUAAAUGUUGAUUUUAUGUGGACAACUUUCUCAUAAGGCUGAGUUGCAUGAUAUGCAAGGUUUAAAAAGAUUUUUUGAAAGUUCAGAUUGAUUUAUAGAACAUCAAAGAUGCAGUUCUUUUAUGCAGAAGAGCAACUGGAUUACAAAAGGGAAAGUAUUGUAAAAUAAUGCUUACGAAAAUGUCCCGAGAUACUAUGCAAAUAGUUAAAAGCUUUCUAGAUUUAUACAUAAAUGUACACUAGAAGAGAGCUACUACUCCAACCAUGAGGACCAUGUUGCAAUUGCAGAAAGGAUAUGAUUCCACCAUCCAUACUUGAAAAUAAUUGAGGAAAGAAGUUCUUUAACAUGCAAAAUAAAUUUUGAGAAAUUAACA